UAAAAAAUGAGAAUCUCUACAGGAAAUUUAGGAGAAAAAAUUGUUGUUGACACUUUAAGAGCUAUUUUGGUAUUAUAAAAAAUAGGACUCCCUAUAAAAAAAUAGAAAAGAGGCAAAAAAAAGAAAAAGAAAAAUGAAGGAAUCUUUCCAAAGAAUUUACCCUUAAAACAAAAAGAAUUCCUCUUCUAUUCUUCUUUCUCUCAUUCCAAGCAAUUCCACCACCCUCUUGGUUUAUAUUAUUUUGCUGUGCUUCCUCCGUUGAUGGCUUUCAGCUCCACCUCCUUAACCGUGCAUGACAACCACGCAGAGACGUAACGCUAUAUAUCGCCUCACCCUCCUCCUUUUAGAUGUCUCGCCACCCUUCUCCCUCUCUAUGCGAGCUGUUGUCAUGCGCGAAUGCCGGGCUGCCGACCCCACCUCGUCGUAGCCACCGGAGCCCUGCAUCGGAGAAGAUGGAGGUCGAGGACGAGCCGAGGAUCUCCGGCUGCGGCCUCUUCCGCCGCCGGAGGUCCAGGUCCACCAGCUCCAUCCCCCGAAUCGUCCCCGACGCCGCGUCGAGGUUGCAGGACUCCUCGGCCGCUCCGCGCCGGCGCACCGGAUCCGACGUCACCUCGAUCGUCCCCGUCGUUCCCCCGGUUCCCGUCGUGAAGCCCCGGUCCCCGGCCCCAACCGCGCGUGCUGUGGCCAACCCCCGGAUGCCACCGCCGCAGACGACGGCGAGGUCGAACAGUGGAUUAAUGGCGGAGCUCGACGGUAUGCUUUACGACCGCCAUAACGCCAGCGACGGCGGCCACCUCGUCCGGGCUUCGUCCGGCAACGUUAUGGUCUUCGGGAACCUGGGCAACCUCCGUGGCAACGCCAACUUCAAAAAUCCUCCGACCGUGGCCAAGAACACCAAAGGAAGCCUCGGCAAUCCAAUGAGACCGUCGCCGAUUCCGGCAUCGGCACCGGCACCGGCACCGGAGCUCUGCCGGGUUCUAUCGAGGAUGCUGGACCCGGAGGAGCUAAAGGAAAUGGGGAACGGGGAGUAUAAGAUGGGGCGGUUCGCGGAGGCGUUGGCAUUGUACGAUCGGGCGAUCGACAUGGAUCCCGGCAAGGCCUCCUACUACAGCAACAAGGCCGCCGCGCUCACUGCCAUGGGCCGCCUCCUCGAGGCCGUCGUGGAAUGCAAGGAAGCCAUUCGACUCGAUCCCGCUUACCACCGGGCUCAUCACCGCUUGGCUACGCUCCAUCUCAGAUUGGGAGAAGCGGAGAAGGCGAUCCAUCACUUCAAGCAGUCAAGAAACGAGGCCAGCUCGGGCGACAUGGCGAGAGCGCAGGCUCUGCAAUCCCAUCUUUCCCAGUCCAACGAAGCACGCAGGUUGAAGGACUACAUCACCCUGUUGAAGGAAUCACAGGCUGCUGCUUCCUCCGGAGCCGACUUCGCUCCACAGGUCUUUGCACGGCAAGCGGAAGCGCUUCUAAAGCUCAACCGACACGAGGAGGCCGACUCGAUCAUGAGCGCCGCGCCCAAGUUCGGCAUGGAUGAGCACACAAGGUUCUUCGGCGCCGUCGCGAAGGCGUACGUCCUCAUGGUCCAAGCGCAGGUCGACAUGGCUGCAGGAAGGUUCAACGACGCGGUGGCGGCGGCCAAGGUGGCUGCUCAGCUCGACCCCGGUAGCCGGGAGAUCGGGGCGGUGGUGCGGCGGACCCGGGCGGUGGCCGCGGCUCGAUCCAGAGGCAAUGAUCUCUUCCGGGCCGCGAAGUUCGCCGAGGCAUGCGUCGCGUAUGGCGACGGCCUGAGCCAGGACUCGCACAACGCUGUUCUCCUCUACAACCGAGCCACCUGUCGUUCCAAGCUUGGGAACUACGAGAAGGCGAUCGAGGACUGCAGCACCGCCCUUGCCGUCCGUCCUUCCUACAGCAAGGCUCGCCUCCGGCGGGCGGACUGCAACGCCAAGUUGGAGAGGUGGGAGGCAUCGGUGAAGGAUUAUGGAGUGCUGAUCCAAGAGAUUCCAGGGGAUGAGGAGGUGAGCAGGGCACUGUUGGAGGCUCAAGCCAAGCUGAAGAAGCAAGAAGAAGGCGAAGAAGAAGACAUGGAGGACACAGAUCGGUGCUGAUGGUUUCGACUCUGUCACGUUGUUAUCAGUCGGGAUGACUUGUAUGCUCCUUCCUCUUGGCAAUCAAAUAAAGUUUUGAUGAUGAAUGAUAAUUCUUCAUUGUUGGUGGAAAAAAGCUGGGGAUAUGUGCUUGUUUAUGUAAAUAUUAGCAGCAAAAUUAUGUACUCAUCAUCUGAAUUCAAAUAAAGCAGCCAUUUGAUUUGAUUUGCUGCAAGAAAGUCGAAGCUUGUUCUUGAAAAUGGAGAUGUCUUUGCAAGUGUGGCGUGGGGUUGUUUCUACGAGGGAGGGAGACACACAAGUAAACUGCUGUAUUCAGAGAUAUCAUGAACAGCUAAUAUUUUUAGUGCCAAAUCUGUUCUCUCCAAUUUCUGAUUUGGAUUUUACAGAAAUGUCUUUUAAUUCCUUCGCUUUGCGUGUAACAUCCAUGAUUAAUUUUGAACAUUAAUCUAUAUCUUGAUUUAUCUGUGUUAUCUUAU